AUGGCAUUUAAUUGCCAUCGUUUCUUCGCAAAUUUCCGCAAUUUCCGUUUCAACAAUACAUCAGAAGUGUUGAAAUAUUAUUUAACGAGGAAAAAGUCGUUCAAUUGCAGUCAUUUUAUUAACGAGCGUAGCGGCAGGCACGUUCUAGCGUCAAAAAUCGACAGCGAUGAUCGAGGCGAACGCGUACAUUUCUGGCAAGCAACUGGAUUUAUAGUUAUGGCUUUUUGCACCGUAUUUUCGCUAAAAAAAAUUCAAGCGGGGACAGAUGACACGAAUGAAGUUUCACGUACUCCAUCAACGAACACACUUUGGCAAAACAGAAACGCUAGUGGGAAGUUUGCGAGAAGAAAUAAAAAAAAAAAAAACAACUUUCUCGAAAGUAAUGCCAUUAUUGGCAAUGCAAAACGAAGAUUAAACUUCGAUGAAAACGCAAAUGAAGAUUUAUGCCCACCAUCAAAAAGAACAACACGCA